AUGGCUAAACAAAAGAGCCAGCGACUACCACAAGGAUUUUCAACAAGCACAACGGCAACUUGCUAUUCCUGCAGCAACAACAGAACCACUUGGCAGCCACCACCACAAUCAAGCUUCAAACUCAACUUUGAUGCGGCUACCUUUGCUGAGCAGAACUGUACUGGAUUUGGUGCAAUAAUUCGAAACUACAGAGGAAAGGUGAUGGUUGCCAUGUUAGCCAAGGGACCGCCUGUGACAACUAGUGAUGAAGCAGAAGCAUUAGCUUGCAGGAAGGCGCUUGAAUUCUCCAUCGAUGCAGGAUUUCUGGAGCUGAUCAAUGAAGGCGAUAAUGCGCAUGUUAUGAAGACUAUUUGUUCAUCACUCCCAAAUCGAUCUUCGCUGGGCAUAAUCAUAGAUGAUGAUAAGUGUCUUAUGAAUGAUAUGCAAAAUGUCUAUGUCAUCAGUAUUAGGAGGGAAGGAAAUAAGGUGGCCCAUGCCCUUGCCAGGUAUGCUAAAAUUGUUUUUGACGAUAUGUACUGGCUGGAAGACUCUUCGCCACUAGUGGUGGAUGAUUUGUAUUUUGAUAUUAUGAAUUUGAAUGAAUGA